AUGGCCUACAGCUUGGCGGUGAUCGAUGUGUUCAAGCGCUUCGACACGGAUGGCUCGGGCUCCAUCAAUCGCGAUGAGCUGCGGGGAGUGCUGAGAGCUCUGGGUGGAGGUACUUGGGACAACAAGGCCGUGGACGAGUUGCUGGCCAAGGCCGACAACAGCGGAGAUGAGCAGCUUGGCAUCGCAGAGUUUGUUGGCUGGGUCUUUGCAGAGGAUGGUCAAAGGACAAAGAUUGGAGAGCACAAGAAGGGUGACUUCAAGCUGACGAUUUCCAACUCUUCGCACAAAGGCUUAAAUGGAGUCUAUGUGGUGCAGGAUAGAAUCAGUGGACGUCGUCCCACCUUCUACUGCUCUAAGCAAAAGAGGACUCUCUACUAUGCUGUCUCAAACAAAGCCUGGAAGAUCUACUACACGCCCGGCAAGUCCAAGAAUACCGCCGCUUAUCUCAAGACCACUCGAGCUCCCCAUAUGACUCAGGACGGUGAGUACUGGGUCUCCUAUGUCAACGGGAAGUACAGGAGAGAUGAUGGAAUGAGCUGCACGGUUGCCGCUGAGGAAAGCCCUGAGGAGCAGAUAGCUCAUGCAGCUGAAAGUGUGUCUGUAGUCUCACCCAGCGUCGUUUGUGAGCUGACCAAGCAGAGCCAGCUUCAGGAUGGACGGCCAGUCUAUGCAGACGAUGACUCCCACGUGUGUGUCUACAAUGAGAAGCAGCAGAAAUGGCAAUUUGGUCUCAAAGAUGCAGCUCCGGAGGGAUUCUCCAAGGAGACAGCCGUCUUUUCUCCAGAUCAUUGCCUCUGGGAUGGACUCAUGGAAGUUGAAGAUGCCCGGAUUGAACGGGCAGGGGACCCGGAUUCCCCCGGAUGGGUUGACCCAGAUUUCCCACAUACGGCUGAGAACAUCGGUGAGACGUUCGUCAGGCAAUAUGGUCACAAAAUUGUGUGGCGCAGAUUGGCUGAUGUCUAUCCGAACCGGCCUCUCUAUGAUGAAGAAGCACCAUAUGAUCUUAGCCAAGGAAGUAUUGGCAACUGUGCUCUCAUUAGCUGUAUCGCUGCUGUGGGUGAAUUUGGAUCGUACUUGCAAAGCCUCUUCAAGACAAAGGACCCCGCUGAUGGGAAGUAUGAAAUCUGGUUGUACAUGACAGAGAAGAGGGCAUGGGAGAUCUUCCAGAUUGAUGAUUAUGUCCCCUGCAUCGGAAACACACCCAUCUUCUUGAAGGCCAAGCAUUCACUUUGGGCUCCACUCUUAGAGAAGGCCUUUGCCAAGUUGUGUGGCUCCUAUUGGAACUUGAAUGCCAGUUCGAAUUCGCAUUGGGGUGGCGCAGUGAGGUAUAUGACCACUCUCACCGGAGGCCAGUUGCAUGGCCACUUCCGUCGGCACGAUGGACAAACGGUGAUCUCCACCAAGCGCACCAUGCCGGUCACCGCGGAGUGCGAUCCCACGAGCGAAAGUCGAGGAACCGUGGAGUGGGGGAAGUGUCUGUAUGAACUGGAGCGGCAGGGGAAGCGGCUGAAGUUCAAGUACCAGGGAACCAAACCUGCGGAUGCUCAGGAAGGUUGGAUUUCCACCUCAAGGGAUGGGAAGGAAAUGAUCAAUAUGAUCACAGCGGCGGGCUGGACCUAUACUCUUUACGAACUUGGUGAUGAUGAGCGCUGGUACCAUUCGGCGAGUGUAAAGAAGAAAAUUGUGGAAGAGGUGGAGGGAGUGGAGAAGCCGGAGGAGUUCAUGUGGCAGAAGUUCCAGGAAUUUGCAGAGAAGAAGUACCUCAUUACUGUGGGCAUUGGCUAUGGUGAGAAGGGCCGAACAGGCCUUCGACCCGAUGGCCUCUGCUACAUGCACAGCUACUCGGUGCUUCAUGCAAAGCAAGUCGGGGACUUCAAGAUGAUUUGCUGUCGAAAUCCCUGGGGCCAUGGCGAGUGGUCGGGUGCCUGGUCGGAUGAAAGUGAAGAGUGGGAGGCCAAUCCAGAAGUGGCCGAAGCUUUGAAGUUGGAGGCAGAGGAUGAUGGGAUUUUUUGGAUGGAGUUUAAGGACUUCAUCUCCAUCUUCAAGGAGAUUUGCAUCACGGGCAUGGAGACGCCGCCCAGCUGA